AUUUUGGUAAAACUAUUUUUUUUUUCUGUCUUAAAAACUCUCUAAUCUCUUUCUCUCUCUUCUAUUUUCUGGUCUGAAUUUUUAACCCAUGUCCAAAAUUUUUUUUUUGAUUACCCAUUUGCAUUUUCAAUUUUCUUUGAAUUUUCUUAGUUUUUUUUAAGUCAAUGAAAUCUUUUAAAAAAUUUGAGCAAAAAAAGGAGAAGAUUUAGGGUUUUUAUAAAAUUUUAUUCUAAAGAUUUGAAAUUUUUCAUGUUUGAAUUUAGUGAAGUUUUGAAGAAAUUUUUGCUGAUCGAUUGGAGGUUUUAGACGAUCUAUGCACUGUUCAGUUGGACUCUCAUGCAGAUAUGUAGAUAUGGGCAGUAUCAGCACUCACUUUCAGUGUAUGGGCUCUGUUUCUGAUUUUAUUUAUCAUUGAAUAGUUGAAUAUUGAGUUGUUGUGUUUGAAAUGGAGUCAAAGAAAGAAGAGGCUCUUAUAGCCAAACAACAUGCUGAAAAAAGAUUUGCUGAGAAAGAUUUUGUGGGUGCUAAGAAUUUUGCUUUAAAAGCUCAAAUGAUAUGUCCUGAAUUAGAGGGUAUAUCCCAAAUGGUGGCUACAUUUGAUAUAUAUGUUGCGUCCGAGUCAAAAGUUAAUGGGGAAGUCGAUUUUUAUUCGAUCUUGGGGUUAAAACAAUCGGCUGACAGAUCUCUGGUUAAGAAACAUUAUAAAAAGCUUGCUGUGUUGUUACAUCCCGAUAAGAAUCGAACGGUUGGGGCGGAAGGUGCGUUUAGGCUUGUCUCGGAAGCGUGGACCCAUUUGUCGGAUAACGCUAAGAAAGCUUCGUAUGAUCUUAAGAGGAAUGGUCAGUUGUCUUCUACAGUGGUUGCUGGGGCCGGAUUUUCGAACUGUGCCAAUUCGUCUCUUCCACCGACAUUUUGGACCGUUUGUACUUCUUGUCAAGUUCAAUAUGAAUAUCUUCGGAAGUAUGUUAAUAAGAGGCUCUCGUGUAAGAACUGUCGUGCUACUUUUAUGGCAGUGGAAUUGGGAACUGCUCCGAUCAAUGGUUCUUAUCCGGUUUCUCAGUUUUCGGUUGUAACUGAGAAUGGAUACAAUAGUCAUGGGUAUAACAAUAUGUCAUUCUUCCCUACGAAUACGGUAUUUGUUCCGGGAAAUGGGGUGCCUGGAUAUCACCCUGGUCAUGGCUCGGAAUAUGUUUCAAACGUAUCAUUUCAAUGGAGCACAUCCCCAGGAUCGUCUGCUGGAUUCGCGCCUUCUACUGAUGCAAUUUAUCACAACAAUGGGCAUCCGAAUAAACCCGGGAAAAGGGUGAAGGCAGAAGUUGAUACAAGAGUCGAUGGUUCAGUCGGAUAUAACCAGUCGCUUGCGACAGCAAAGGUUACACGACCGUAUAAGAAAAGAAAGGUCGAUGGUGGAGUUAAUGGUUACGAGUUGGGCGCUAAGGUUGGUACAGAGGCAGCAGUGCUGAAUGAGAAUGGAUGUACUGUACCAAAGUUUUCGGUCACCAGUGAAUCUUCCGUUAGGCGACCUAUUCCGCCAUUGAUUGAUAUUAGAAGCUUGUUAAUCGAGAAGGCUAGAACAGUGAUUCGGAAGAAGCUGGAAGAGAUAAAAUCGUCUGCAGCUGAGAAUGGCCAAAAACCUUACAGGGAACCAGGUAAGCCAGCAGAAUUUCGGAGAAGGGCAAAUCCGGGUAUGUCCCAUUUGGAGCCCCAGAAAUUUGGGCCAGUGAAUCUAACAGUUCCUGACUCUGACUUCCAUGAUUUUGAUAAAGACAGAACAGAAGAAUGCUUUCAACCUAAGCAGAUAUGGGCACUGUAUGAUGAAGAAGACGGCAUGCCCCGCCUUUAUUGCCUGAUACGCCAGGUUAUUUCGGUGAAUCCCUUCAAAAUGCAUAUUAGUUACUUGGGUUCUAAAACUGAUACUGAGUUUGGACAAGUAAAUUGGAUAGAUUCCGGAUUCACAAAAUCGUGUGGGCAUUUCCGAGCUACUAAUUCUGAUAUCGUUGGAGAGGUCAACAUGUUUUCUCAUAUCCUGAGUCGGGAAAAGGCCGGUCGAGGAGGAUGUGUUCGGAUUUAUCCAAGAAGUGGAGACAUAUGGGCCGUGUAUCGAAAUUGGUCGAAGGAUUGGAAUAGGUCAACCCCUUACGAUGUGAGGCACCAAUACGACAUGGUGGAAGUUCUCGGUGAUUACGAUGAAGAAAUCGGGGUUUAUAUCGCUCCACUCCUCAAAUUAGAGGGUUACAAGACAGUGUAUCAGAGGAACACAGACAAGGAUGCAAUUCAAUGGAUCCCGAGGCGAGAGAUGGUACGAUUUUCGCACCAAGUCCCGUCUUGGUUGCUGAAAGAAAUGACUGAUUUGCCGGAAGGAUGUUGGGACUUAGAUCCCGCUGCGAUCCCAGAUGAACUGCUGCAGCCGGUGAAGGACAUAGCGAUCGAAGAUUCGGAUAAACCUAAUGAGAAAGAAAUUUGAACAUCUAAUACAACUCAUUUUGAGCAUAGUUGGAGAUUAUUGUUGUGUUGUUUUAAGGGAUUUAACAUAAUACUGAUAGAAUAUCAUAAAGUAGGGCAGAAUGUUCACCAUAGGAUGAUUUAGUGUAGUUCUGAUGUGGGUCACAUCACAAGUUGAUCUACUACUCCUUAUAAACCCUAAUCAUUUUACAGGGUUCAUUGUUCAUUGAGUUAUGGUGCUAUCUUGCAACUUGUACUCAUUUUUAAAUUCAUUCUCUUGUCUUUUUUACAGGUUUUGGAUUUGAUGUUUGAGUAGAUUGCUAGAGUAGAUGUCAAAAUUUAAUGUAUGUUGUGCUAUUUUGUUUCUUUGAGUUUACUACUUUAUGCAAAUUAAAGCGAGGACUAUUUUGAUGUGUGACAAACUUAAAAGGACGG